GCGUGCGAACACCGCUGUGCGACGGGUUUCCACCCCUCCGCUCCCGUCCCAUCGGCCCCGUCGUUUUGAAGCUACUUGCCACACACCCUUAGUAGUAAGGCUUCAUCGUCCUCUCGUUACAAGAACAGAUUGUCAGUAAGGGCUCGUCUUUCUAACGAGCGGUUAGACUACCCAGUUAGUACGACCCUCGCGUCCUAUCCUCCUCAUGGAAUGCCGCUCGCGGUCAUCAUUACGACGCCAUCGCCAUCAUUACCAUCAUCAUUUUCAGCAAUAUUACCACCCUAAUUAUCAUCCUCUCCAAAGUCGGUCGCGGCAACCUCUCCCACUCUCGCGCUUCCAUCUACCACUGCUGCUGCUGCUACCCUUAGCAUGCCUUUCGCGUCCCCCCAGGAAGCCGCUGCGCGUCCCUCGCUGGCGUCGCGUUCCGAUUCUGCUGGGCGCCAUCAUGCUCGCAGGGGCCAUGCCGUCUCGCCUGCCCGCCGGCACCGGCGGCGGCAGCGGCGUUAACGCGCAGGCCAUAGCACCAUCGCAAGAGAGAGUGUUGGCGGAGUGUGAGCGGCAGUGGGGCACGACGCUCGAGGGGUGGAGGCGGGAAGACGAGUGCGCAGAGGCGCAUGGGCUCACGUGCGAUCGCGAUGGCAUGAUCACCUCUUUGAGGGUGGCACUGCAACAUGGUGGCUCGUUGGGCUCCAUACCUGUGACCAUCGGCAACCUCACUCAGCUCACAUACCUGUCUCUGACGAGCAAUGGUCUGACAGGCGCCAUCCCUCCCGUUCUUGGCUCGCUCACACUCCUCGACACCCUUGACCUGAGCCACAAUAACCUGUCAGGGCGCAUACCUGCCUCCCUGCAACACCUUGACAGACUACGCACCCUGUGAGCCUCUCUCUCUCUCUCUCUCUCUCUCUCUCUCUCAAGCGGUCCGUUUAUUGCUUGGAAAACUGGGUACA